CCAACUUAAACCCAAAUGUUGUCUAAUACGAGUAAUACACAAUAUUGUUGUCUUGUUGAUAUAAAACAACCACUGCUGCUGUCUUUCAAGAUCAGGGUCACCGCCGCCGGCACCAUUGUCUCCGGCCACCUUCACCACGCUAAGCUCUUUUGCUUUUCUUACUUUGCAUUAUUAAAUGGUCUAAGAAGGCCGAGACCAGUGUCACGCAAUUCAACUGAAUUCUAGAACUGGAGACACCAUUGCUUGAUCAUUGUUUCUUGUAUCUCUCUAAAAACCGGCUCAGUCAUGAGAUAUCUUACAUUAGCUAGGUCUAUUCGUCGACUACCUACUCAUUAUGACAUAACUGGGCCUCUGCAGUCUCGUUUUCGACCCAAACUUGUUCCAGCAGAUCCCAAACCCAAAAAGUACAAAUUACCUGCAACUUAUGAUCCUUAUGGCCCAAGACCUCCACCUUCCGAUAAAAUCAUCCAACUUGCUGAAAAAAUCGCAGCCCUUCCCCCUGAAGAGCGUAGACAAAUAAGUCCUGUUCUUAGAGAGAUACUAGGGCACCCUAAAAUGCAGUCAACUCCAGUUGAACAGAAGGUCGAGAAGAUAACGACUUUUGAUAUCAAGUUGGAGAAAUAUGACGCAGCUGAUAGAAUUAAGGUAAUCAAAGAGGUUCGUGCUUUAACUAGUCUUAAUUUAAAGGAAGUUAAAGAUAUGGUGGACAGUGUUCCUAUUGUAAUCAAACAGGGUGUUUAUAAAGACGAGGCGGAUGAAAUGAUAGAGAAGAUCAAAGCUGCCGGCGGUGUUGCUGUGAUGUGUAGUUAUGAGACCACGUUUUCGUAAUGUUAAUGUCUGCUACUUUGUCAAUCAAUGUAGAUAGCAUUUUAGAUUUAUAUGUGGCCAAUACCCUUGUGAUUUGUUAUGUGAAUCUUGGAUGCAUCAAUGUAUAUAUAAUUUUAGAUCGAUAAAAUUGUAUUUGCUUUAUUUUUACAGAUUCUGAACCUGAAGUU